CCAUUGGCGCCCAGAAGAUGCUACAGUUUAUAAAACACAAUUUUGUUGUUAUUGGUUGAAAGAAGAUAGAAACAAUUGACAAUAGAUGCCAAAACUAAAGAUCACAGGGAAAUUCUUUGGCUGCUGGACAUUAAGGAUGGCCCGGACUAGGUGGACAGCAUUCUGCUGAUGCAGCUAAGGCUAAAGAUUCACAACUACAGGUAACUGAACUUCUUUUCAUCUUCCAGUCACAAUUCAGUGCCUUCUCCAGCCUCCCACCCCCGAAAUCCUCCAGCAUAUCUGAAGGGAGGUAUAGUAAUUGUUACAAAACUCUACAAGACGCGUGAAUAGUGACAAAACUGCCACCUUUGGGAGUUUGUUGUACUGUGAGACCUGUUUGUUUGCUUUCAGAAAAGAUUGCGGAAGCAGAAGAUUCGUUAUCUGAGAGGCAUCCUUCAAGCUGCUGGAAAUUGUUACAGAAGGAACACUUCCCAAAUUUUGCUUCAAGCUCUGAAAAGGAGCACACUGGGGAAGCUUAGUCUCGCUUUGGAUCAAGUAAAUGCUGUCGGAGUGAUGAACGGGGACUUUGUGUGCGGACUCCUGGCUUGAUCUUGAUAGGAUUGGGUGUAUGUUGUUGGAACUGGCAGGCCAAGAGGCCCUGAAACCAGCAGGUGCCAUCUGUAUGGAGAAAAGCGGCUGUAGUCCAUUUCCAAUGUGUUGGGCAAAAGAAUAUGACAGAUACCUAGCAUCUAGCAAAAGAAUGGCAGCUGCUUACCUUGACCCAAACUUGAAUCAUACACCAAGUUCAAGUACUAAGACUCACCUGGGUACUGGUAUGGAACGUUCUCCUGGUGCGAUGGAGCGAGUAUUAAAGGUCUUUCAUUAUUUUGAAAGCAAUAGUGAGCCAACCACCUGGGCCAGUAUUAUUAGACAUGGAGAUGCAACUGAUGUGAGGGGCAUCAUUCAGAAGAUAGUGGACAGUCACAAGGUAAAGCAUGUGGCCUGCUAUGGAUUCCGCCUCAGUCACCUGCGGUCGGAGGAGGUACACUGGCUCCACGUGGACAUGGGUGUCUCCAGUGUGAGGGAGAAGUAUGAGCUCGCCCACCCACCAGAGGAGUGGAAGUAUGAAUUAAGAAUUCGUUAUUUGCCAAAAGGAUUUCUAAACCAGUUUACUGAAGACAAGCCAACUCUGAAUUUCUUCUACCAACAGGUGAAGAGUGACUACAUGUUAGAGAUAGCUGAUCAGGUGGACCAGGAGAUUGCUUUGAAGUUGGGUUGUCUAGAAAUACGGCGAUCAUACUGGGAGAUGCGAGGCAAUGCGUUAGAAAAGAAGUCUAACUAUGAAGUAUUGGAAAAAGAUGUUGGCUUAAAGCGAUUUUUUCCUAAGAGUUUACUGGAUUCUGUCAAGGCCAAAACAUUAAGAAAACUGAUACAACAAACAUUUAGACAAUUUGCCAACCUUAAUAGAGAAGAAAGUAUUCUGAAAUUCUUUGAAAUCCUUUCUCCAGUGUAUCGAUAUGACAAAGAAUGUUUCAAGUGUGCUCUUGGGUCAAGCUGGAUUAUUUCAGUGGAACUGGCAAUUGGCCCAGAAGAAGGGAUCAGCUACCUGACAGACAAGGGCUGCAAUCCCACACAUCUGGCUGACUUCAACCAAGUGCAGACAAUUCAGUAUUCAAACAGUGAAGACAAGGACAGAAAAGGAAUGCUGCAGCUCAAAAUCGCAGGUGCACCUGAGCCUCUGACAGUGACGGCACCAUCCCUAACUAUCGCAGAGAACAUGGCUGACCUGAUAGACGGCUACUGUCGGCUGGUGAACGGAGCAACGCAAUCCUUUAUCAUCAGACCCCAGAAAGAAGGUGAACGUGCAUUGCCAUCAAUACCAAAGUUGGGCAACAGCGAAAAGCAAGGAGUUCGGACACACACAGUCUCCGUGUCAGAGACAGAUGAUUAUGCUGAGAUCAUUGAUGAAGAAGACACCUACACAAUGCCCUCAACGAGGGAUUAUGAGAUCCAAAGAGAAAGAAUAGAACUUGGACGAUGUAUUGGAGAAGGCCAGUUUGGAGAUGUACAUCAAGGAGUGUAUAUGAGUCCGGAGAACCCAGCUUUGGCGGUUGCAAUUAAAACAUGUAAGAACUGUACUUCGGACAGCGUGAGAGAGAAAUUCCUUCAAGAAGCCUUAACAAUGCGUCAGUUUGAUCAUCCUCAUAUUGUGAAGCUGAUUGGAGUCAUCACAGAGAAUCCUGUCUGGAUAAUCAUGGAGCUGUGCACCCUGGGAGAGCUGAGAUCAUUUUUGCAAGUAAGGAAGUACAGCUUGGAUCUGGCAUCUUUGAUCCUGUAUGCUUAUCAACUUAGUACAGCACUUGCGUAUCUGGAGAGCAAAAGAUUUGUACACAGGGACAUUGCUGCUCGGAAUGUUCUGGUAUCCUCAAAUGAUUGUGUAAAAUUAGGAGACUUUGGCUUAUCGCGAUAUAUGGAAGACAGUACUUAUUACAAAGCUUCCAAAGGAAAAUUGCCUAUAAAAUGGAUGGCUCCAGAGUCAAUCAAUUUUCGACGGUUUACCUCAGCUAGUGACGUAUGGAUGUUUGGUGUAUGUAUGUGGGAGAUACUGAUGCAUGGUGUGAAGCCCUUUCAAGGAGUGAAGAACAAUGAUGUGAUCGGUCGAAUUGAAAAUGGGGAAAGAUUACCAAUGCCUCCAAAUUGUCCUCCUACCCUCUACAGCCUUAUGACGAAAUGCUGGGCUUAUGACCCCAGCAGGCGGCCCAGGUUUACUGAACUUAAAGCUCAGCUCAGCACAAUCCUGGAAGAGGAAAAAGCUCAGCAAGAAGAACGAAUGAGGAUGGAAUCCAGAAGACAGGCCACCGUGUCUUGGGACUCUGGAGGGUCUGAUGAAGCACCGCCCAAGCCCAGUAGGCCUGGUUAUCCUAGUCCAAGAUCCAGUGAAGGAUUUUACCCCAGCCCUCAGCACAUGGUACAGACCAAUCAUUAUCAGGUCUCUGGCUACCCUGGUUCACAUGGAAUCACAGCCAUGGCCGGCAGCAUCUACCCAGGCCAAGCAUCUCUUCUGGACCAGACAGAGUCAUGGAAUCAUAGACCUCAAGAGAUAUCCAUGUGGCAGCCCAACAUGGAGGACUCAGCAGUCUUGGACCUGCGAGGCAUCGGGCAAGUGCUACCCACCCACCUGAUGGAAGAGCGGUUGAUCCGACAACAGCAGGAAAUGGAAGAAGAUCAACGCUGGCUGGAAAAAGAGGAGAGAUUUCUGAAACCUGACGUGAGGCUCUCCCGAGGCAGUAUCGACCGGGAAGACGGGAGUCUUCAGGGCCCAACUGGAAACCAACACAUCUAUCAGCCUGUGGGUAAACCAGAUCCUGCAGCUCCACCAAAGAAACCGCCACGCCCCGGAGCCCCGAGUCACCUGGGCAGCAUUGCCAGCCUCAGCAGCCCAGGGGACAGCUACAAUGAGGGUGUCAAGCCAUGGAGGCUUCAGCCCCAGGAAAUCAGUCCCCCUCCCACUGCCAACCUGGACAGGUCCAAUGACAAGGUAUAUGAGAACGUGACGGGCCUGGUGAAAGCCGUGAUUGAGAUGUCCAGCAAAAUCCAGCCAGCCCCACCGGAGGAGUACGUCCCCAUGGUGAAGGAGGUUGGCUUGGCCCUGCGGACAUUACUGGCCACUGUGGAUGAAACCAUUCCUGGCCUUCCAGCCAGCACGCACCGAGAGAUCGAGAUGGCGCAGAAGCUGCUCAACUCCGACCUGGGCGAGCUCAUUGGCAAGAUGAAGCUGGCACAGCAAUAUGUCAUGACCAGCCUGCAGCAGGAGUACAAGAAGCAGAUGCUGACUGCUGCCCAUGCCCUGGCUGUGGAUGCCAAGAACCUGCUGGAUGUCAUUGACCAAGCAAGACUGAAAAUGCUAGGACAGACGAGGCCUCACUGAGCUGCCGGCGAGCACAUCUACCCCACAGGAGUUCUCUAGCCUUCCACCAGCAGCGAGGAAUGAACCGUGUCCUCGAUUGCCAGCACUCACAGCUAGUUGGAAAUCCCUCAUAAGUUUAACCACAUUUUGAUUUGGAUUUGUUUAAUUUAAAAAAUCAUGGUAUUGAAGAAAGUCUAGGAUUCAAGAUGUGUCAUUUUCCUGAGAGUGAAAAUGGCACGUUGAGAAGCUUUCAAGAACCAUGAAAACAGUUGCUGUUAGCAUUUGGGUGCGUUUUCGUGGAGAUGGCUGGGGCGGCAUGUUAACUCCUGACCACCUCCCCUGCAAGAGAGGGGAAAACGGGGCUGGCGAUCCUUCUUCCAUCAUUGCUGAGUGGAGUGAAACACUGCUGCAAUAUGCUAAUCCCAGUUGCAGACAAAGAAAAGAAGAGCUAUAUUUUGAAGACUCAAGUUGUUUGAGAAGAAAACUACCACCUUCUUAUCUUCCACCUUUUACUUUCAUGUGGAUAUUGAAGCAUUGGGUUGGGAACUAGCUGUAGGACAUAACUAAACUUGUCUUUUUCACCAGAAUUAUGUGCCAGUUUUUGUAGCAAUGUAAUUUCUCUUGGAAGCAGAAAUGCUUUGUACCAGAGCACCUCCAAACUGCAUUGAGAAGUUCCAGAACCAUCCCUGUUUUCCAUUUUUAUAUAAUUUAUAAGAAAGAUCAAAGCCAUGUUGACUAUUUUACAGCACUGGAGCUAUAACCUUCAUUGCAUCUGUCUUCCCAGGAGAGCACUCAGCGGAACGAGGAGACUUGGCUCUCUUCAGAUGUCCGGUCCUUGCACCAUCCAUUCUGUUAGAUAAUUUUGAAAACUAUACCCUCCCUUUAGUUUGUCGGGGGAUAUAAAUUAUUCUCAGGAAGAAUAUAAUGAAUUGUACAGUUACUUUGACCUAUUAAACAGGUGUCACCAGUAAA